AUGAGCUAUCUUGCCACCACCGACAUGCCCCUGACCGACGUUGCUUCUUUUGCGCAGCACCUCCAGUCAUCCAAACGCAUUGUUGCUCUCUUGGGGGCCGGCCUCUCCGCCUCCAGUGGCCUGCCUACCUUCCGCGGUGCUGGGGGUCUAUGGCGCACCUAUGAUGCCACCAUGCUGGCCACGCCUGAGGCUUUUCAACAAGACCCUGGUCUAUCGUGGCAGUUUUAUUCCUACCGUCGUCACAUGGCGCUUAAUGCCAAACCCAACAGAGCCCACCUUGCUCUGGCAGAGUUGGCCCGCCGGAAUCCCGACUUCAUCACUCUCAGCCAGAACGUCGACGGUCUCAGCCCUCGCGCCGGUCAUCCUGCUGCCCAACUCAAACUCCUCCACGGAAAUCUGUUUGACGUCAAAUGUUGGGACGAAGACGGCUGUGGUUAUUCUCGCAAGAAUGAUUUCACAGACCCCAUCGUCCCAGCGCUGGCCCUUCCACCAGAUGUCGAGGAUUCGCAGCUCAAGGCAGCCAUCAAGCAAAAGAAACAUGCUUUGAUUCGAGGGGCUGAUAUUUCAGACAUCGAUGUGGAGAUCCCCCAGCUCAAGCGCGAGGAUCUUCCCCAAUGCCCGUCUUGUAAAAAGAACCUGCUCCGUCCCGGUGUGGUGUGGUUCGGCGAGCCGUUGCCGGAGGACGUGCUCCACGGGGUGGACGAAUAUUUUUCGAAGCGUGAGAAAAUCGACCUCAUGUUGGUGAUUGGCACCAGCGCCAAAGUAUACCCGGCUGCGGGCUACACAAACAUCGCCAGAGCUAUGGGUGCUAGGGUUGCGGUCAUCAACAUGGAUCGCAGCGAUGCACAAGAACUGAAUAAGCACGAUUGGUUCUUCGAGGGAGAUGCAGCCGUCAUUGUGCCCGAGGUUCUGAAGACUGUAAUCGGAGAGGUUGGCGAGUUCGAGGAAACGAAGGGGCCAGUGCUAUGA